AGGAAGAGUUGUCGGCAGCUCGUUGAGAGACGGCGAGCGAGGCAGCAGCUCCGGCCGGACUCGGAUCAGACCUCCACUAGUCGGGUAUUAUGUCCACGUCGAAGCACGGCGGUGACACAACCAGCCUCCUCCGCCUCGUCGCCGCCGCCGCCUGGAGGAAGCCCCUGUGCGCUGGAUCAUGAGCGGGACUGGAGCCCCCCUCGAGGGCCCGGUCCAGGCCGAGGCCUUGUCCUACCCCCACCAUUACAGAAAACCCUGGAGGAGAGUUGACCCUCAGCCACUGGACAGGUACAAGUGGAGCACGUCUGCCCAGCUGGCACCCAGAGCCAACAUGGCCGCCGCUGAGGGCAAAGGUCAACGGACAGAGCGCCCCCUCCUGAGGCUGCUCAGCUCCCCGAGGGUCAGUACCUUCACUGAGGUCCAGCCCCGAGAGGACCGGGAGGACCAGACCCGGACCGGCUCUCGGCGCAGGGUCAUCCCCUUCCUGAGGUCCCUGUCCGAGCCGGGGGCUAACGGCGGCGCCCCCCAGAGGACGGCGCUCAGGAAGGUGGGGUCGGACUCGGAGAGGAGACCUCCGAGGGUCAGCAGCUUCAUCAGCUCCCUGUCCAGGAGGAUCAGCAGAGUCUUCAGGGACGAAGCUGAGGGACAGUCCGAUGUUAAAGGACCUCCAGCCCAUCGCUUCUCCUGCGGCCAGAGCCCCGACACCGGCACCGGGUCCUGGGAGAGGAAGUUCUGCAUCCUGACCGACAACCAGCUCAUCCUGCUCAACAGGCAGGACGACGAGCCUGCAGGCGAGGCCCAGGAGAGCCCCACGGACUCGGCCAAGGCCCGGAGCCUCCGCAGGACCGUCAGCGUCCCCUCGGAGGCGCAGUACCCGGACUUCCAGGCAGAGGGCGCCACAGCCGCCGCUCUAGAAGUGUGUUCGGAGCGGUCUCCGAGGAGGAGGAGUAUUUCUGGUUUGGGGACAUCAGAUAAAAGUGUCUCCGUUGACAAUCCAAACUCGUCUCCAUUCAAAGUGCCGGGGUUUUUCAGUAAACGUCUCAAAGGCUCCAUCAAGAGGACGAAGAGUCAAACCAAACUCGACAGAAACACCAGCUUCAGACUCCCGUCGCUUCGGCCUGCAGACGCAGACAGGUCUCGCGGGCUCCCCAGGCUGAAGGAGUCCAGCUCCCAUGAGUCCCUGCUGAGCCCGGGCAGCGCCGUGGAGGCUCUGGACCUCCACAUGGAGGAGGACGUCUUCGUCAAGCCCCUGCACAGCAGCAUCCUGGGACAGGAGUUCUGCUUCGAGGUGACAUAUUCAGGCGGCAGUAAGUGUUUCAGCUGCAGUUCUGCGUCAGAGAGAGAUAAGUGGAUGGAGAACCUGCGUAGAACCAUCCAGCCCAACAAGGACAACUGCCGGCGGGCGGAGAACCUGCUGAGGCUGUGGAUCAUCGAGGCCAAAGACCUGCCCCCGAAGAAGAAGUACUUCUGCGAGCUGUGCCUGGACGACGUCCUGUUCGCCCGGACCACCAGCAAGACCCGGCAGGACAGCCUGUUCUGGGGCGAGCACUUCGAGUUCUCGGGUCUGCCGCCCGUCCUCAGCGUCACCGUGCACAUCUACCGCGACCCGGACAAGAAGAAGAGGAAGGACAAGAACAACUACGUGGGCCUGGUCAACAUCCCCGUGGCCGGAGUCACCGGCCGCCAGUUCGUGGAGAAGUGGUACCCGGUCAGCACCCCCACCCCCAGCAAGGCCAAAGGGGGCGGGCCCUCCAUCCGGAUCAAGUCCCGCUUCCAGACCAUCUCCAUCCUGCCCAUGGAGCAGUACAAGGAGUUCGCCGAGUUCAUCACCAACAGCUACUCCAUGCUGUGCUCCGUCCUGGAGCCCGUCAUCAGCGUCCGCAACAAGGAGGAGAUGGCCUGCGCCCUGGUCCACAUCCUGCAGAGCACGGGCCGGGCCAAGGACUUCCUGACGGACCUGGUGAUGUCGGAGGUCGACCGAUGUGCCGACCACGACGUCCUGAUCUUCAGGGAGAACACGUUGGCCACCAAGGCCAUCGAGGAAUAUCUGAAACUGGUGGGACAGAAAUACCUGCACGACGCUCUGGGGGAGUUCAUCAAAGCUCUGUACGAGUCGGACGAGAACUGUGAGGUGGAUCCGAGCCGCUGCUCCAGCACCGACCUCCCAGAACACCAGAGCAACCUGAAGAUGUGCUGUGAGCUGGCCUUCUGCAAGAUCAUCAACUCCUACUGUGUGUUCCCCCGGGAGCUGAAGGAAGUCUUCUCGUCCUGGAAGCAGCAGUGUGUCUCUAGAGGACACCCCCCAGACAUCAGCAAGCGCCUGAUCAGUGCGUCCCUGUUCCUGCGGUUCCUGUGUCCUGCCAUCAUGUCUCCGUCCCUCUUCCACCUGAUGCAGGAGUACCCUGAUGACCGGACGUCCCGGACCCUCACCCUCAUCGCCAAAGUCAUCCAGAACCUGGCCAACUUCACCAAGUUUGGGAACAAGGAGGAGUACAUGGCGUUCAUGAACGACUUCCUGGAGCACGAGUGGGCGGGGAUGAUGCGCUUCCUGUCUGAGAUCUCCAACCCUGAGACGCUGUCCAACACACCGGGCUUCGAGGGCUACGUGGACCUGGGCCGAGAGCUGUCCGUGCUGCACGCGCUGCUCUGGGACGUCGUCUCUCAGAUGGACAAGGGUGAAAAUUCCUUCCUCCAGGCCACCGUAGCCAAGCUGGGCCCGCUGCCGAGGAUUCUGGGAGAUAUCGCUCGCUCCCUGGCCACGCCCACUCCCAUCCAGCAGCAGCUCCGCCCCUUCCAGGACCACAGCUCCGCCCACAACAUCAGCGGCAGCCUGUCGUCAGGGUUACAGCGAAUCUUUGAGGACCCGUCUGACAGUCGUAGCGACAUUCGUAGCCUCCAGUCUCCGUCCUCCGAUGUGGUAGACGGUUACGUUCGGGGACAGCGCCCCCUGUUGUCCCAGCAGCGUCCCUCCGACCCGGAGGACCGCCCCCUCCCCAACGGCCGCAGCAUCUCCCUGGUGGACCUGCAGGACGCCCUCCACGGCCCCGCCCCGCCGCUCCACGAGGCCCCGCCCCGCCUCAGCAGGGUGGGCUCCCAGGCGUCCGUCGGGAACGCCCCGGUGCCGACCGGCCACGCCCACUCCAACCCGGUCACGCCCCACCAGGUUAAAGCCCCGGCCAGAGACGCUCAGACGCCGCAGAGCGCGCCACAGCCGAGGCGUCCCAUGCACCCGUCCAUCAGCCAGCAGCGCAGCCUCCAGCCGCUGUCCUUCCAGAACCCCGUGUACCACCUGAGUAACCCCGCCCACAGCCUGGCUAACCCCGCCCACAGCCUGUCCACACGCUCCGCCCACUCCCUGCGCCACGACUCCAGCUCAGAGAACCUGAGCACCGAGAGUUCUCACAACAGCCACUCGGACGACCUGGGCAGCCAGGUGGGGGCGAAGGGUCGCGUGGCGUCCAACAGCAGCCUGGACGAGCUGGGGAGUAGGCGGAGCACGCAGAGCGAGGGCUGUUCCACGCCGCGCCGCCACGUCCUGCCCGACCUCCCGCCGGGCACCGCCGCCGUCACGGCCGUCGCCGUCCCCCGUCAGAGCACGACGGCCGGCACCGCCCACAUCGUCAAGGUGGAGCAGCAGAGCAGGGGAGGGGGCGGGGCCAGGACGCCGCGGCCCCUCCCACUGAACGCGUCGCUCCGGAGCAGCAGCAGCGCCAACACGGAGCCGACGCCCACCACGCCGCACGACAAUGUGGCUCCGCCCCUGAAGAGCGGCGCCAAGCAACCGCCACAGGUGGCGUCCCCCGUGGAGGCGGUGGCGAUGUCCCCGGUGGAGAGGACGGCGGCUUGGGUCCUGAACAACGGCCAGUAUGAGGAGAAGGAGAAGGAGGAGGAGGGGAGGAGCUCUGAGAAGUACGAGCUGGAGAUCUCGCGGCUGAAGGAGCGUCUGAAAGUCUCUGGGAGGCGUCUGGAGGAGUACGAGCGGCGCCUCCUCGCGCAGGAGCAGCAGAUGCAGAAACUGCUGCUGGAGUACAAGAACCGGCUGGAGGACAGCGAGGAGCGGCUGAGGAGGCAGCAGGAGGAGAAGGACGGACAGAUGAAGAGCAUCAUCUGCAGGCUGAUGGCGGUGGAGGAGGAGCUAAAGAGAGACCACGCUGAGAUGCAGGCGGUGAUAGAAGCCAAACAGAAGAUCAUCGAUGCUCAGGAGCGUCGGAUCGGCUCCCUGGACACGGCCAACUCUCGCCUGAUGGCGGCGCUGACGCAGGUGAAGGAUCGUUACAACCCGACGGCCAACGUCCGCAACGGCCUGUCGCCCGGCAACCCCACCAAGCUGUCAAUCACUGAGAACGGCGAGUUCAAGAACAGCAGCUGCUGAUGAGGGGGGCGGGGCUUGGAGCAUGUCUGACUCCGCCCACCUCCAUUUAAAGAUGGAGGAUCGAUAAACGAGUGUAAAUACGUUUGAGCUGUUGCGUGAACAGAGUGCGUGUGAGGAGGAAACGAACCAAAAACAAAACGGUUUUUCUAAUCGACUUUUUUAUUGAAGUUUUUUUUUUUUUGUUCCCCUGAAGUUUGAUUUUAUUUUUUUAAUUUUAAACCUGACGAGUUUUUAAUUUAUUCCUCCUUGUUCUCGUCGAUCUACUGAACAGACUCCUGUCGUCUCACCUGUCUGCUGUUAUAAAUAAACCACACCUGGAAAACGACAGCGCUCUGAUUGGUCCCUGCGUCUCCGUGGAAACGGAAGAAGAGUCAACAGCACUUCCUGGUUUCUUGUUAAGUUUUUAUUAUGCUUAAAAAAGAAAAUUAAAAGACAAGAAGAGGUGGUGAUCGAAGAAAAAGAAAAAUAUAUAUUCAAAUAUCUUUAUACUUUUCUAUUCAUAUAUGAUUAACAAUGCAAAGAAAAUAAUUCCCGUAGUAGUAGUAGUGCUUAAGUAAAGUUCAAUAUAGACUUUAUUAUAACAAAAUAGGCAGUUUAUCACCGAAGGGUUAAAUAUCCGUCAAAAUCUCAUCCAACAACAAACGUGAGCGACGGGAUUCAAACCCGCGUCGUAGAGGGCGCCGGACGCUUCACCUGC